AUGGCAUUCCAGCCUACCCCGACAGAUAUCUCUGUCGUUAUUACGGCUGCAUCCGCGGCCCGGGGCAACGAUGCAGAGCCCAGAUUCCUCAACGAGCGUCGGGUCACCCCAACCUGGACCGUGAACCAGCUCAAAGGCAAGCUUGAGACUAUGACCGGUGUCCCGCCAGGCUUCCAAAGUCUCCGCAUCAAAGUCCCCGGACGGCCUGUUCAAUGGAUGGAAGGCGAGGACCGGCGAAUCGAUGAAUGGGGUCUGGUGAAGGGGUGCGAGAUUGAGGUCCACGACUCUCGUCCCCAGUCCAUGCGACCUAAUUACACCGAUCUUUCCUCGGUCGAGAAGUACGAAUUACCCAGCGAGACAUACGAGUCUCUCCCGAAUUCGGUACUUGCCUGGAAAAAGAACCAGAAGCUAGGCCGCUUCGACCCUAAUGCCCUUUCACCUGAAGAGGCAUUGCGCAACCAAGUGGAGAAGGAUCAGAGUGAAGUUUCUACUAAAGGAAUUGCCGUUGCUGCGCGCGCUAUCAUCCUCCCAUCAUCCCCGCCGCAUAUUCGCCGAGGAACGGUUCGAUUCGUAGGUCCCGUUCCGGCCAUUCCUGUUACUGGACCGGGCCGUGAGUUGGAACGUGAGGGUGAGCUUCCCGCGGACCUACAGCCUAUCUGGGUUGGUAUUGAGUUGGAUGAGCCAACCGGUAAGAAUGAUGGUAGUGUGGGUGGAAAGAGGUACUUUGAGUGUCUCGAGAAGAGGGGUGCUUUUGUUAAGCCUGAUAAGGUUCAGAUUGGAGAUUUUCCUCCUCUGGAUCUGGAUGAUGAUCUUGAUGACUUGAUGGAGGAGAUCUAA